GAUCCCUCUCUCUAAAGCAAACCAAAUCUCACAAUAUAAAAAAGGUGGCUUAAAGCAUCAUCAUGAUUAAAAAGAUCAGCAAUAUGGAUUACAACCAGAAACGGGAGAGAUGUGGGCAAUAUAUCGAAGCCCUCGAAGAGGAACGUCGAAAGAUUCAUGUAUUUCAACGUGAACUUCCUCUUUGCUUAGACCUUGUAACUCAAGCCAUCGAGGCAUGUAAAAGGGAGAUGCCAGAGAUGACGACGGAAAAUGUAUACGGACAACCAGAGUGCUCGGAGCAGACAACCGGAGAAUGUGGGCCGGUCUUGGAGCAGUUUCUAACCAUUAAAGAUUCAUUGACCUCCAAUGAAGAAUUAGUAGAUGAAGAAUUCGACGAUGAGCACGGAAAUCACGAUCCGGACAAUGACUCCGAGGACAAGAACACGAAAUCUGAUUGGCUUAAGUCUGUUCAACUGUGGAACCAACCCGACCAUCUUCUUCCAAAAGAGGAACGGUCGCAGCAGGAGACGAUGGAGACGGUGACAAGAGAUGAGAGUAUGAGAAAGGAUCCGAUGGUAAAAGGUUGCGAGGGGCGGAAGAGAGAGGCGGAGAAAGACGGAGGAGGAGGGAGAAAGCAAAGAAGGUGUUGGUCGUCGCAUUUGCAUAGACGCUUCUUGAACGCUCUUCAACACUUAGGUGGACCUCAUGUAGCUACGCCAAAGCAAAUCAGGGAGUUAAUGAAAGUUGAUGGAUUAACCAAUGAUGAAGUUAAAAGCCAUUUACAGAAAUUUAGACUGCAUACAAGAAGACCACGCCAAAUAGUCCCUAACAACGGAAACUCUCAAACGCAACAUUUCGUAGUCGUCGGAGGAUUAUGGGUACCACAAUCGGACUACUCUACGGGAAAGACCACCGGAGGAGCCACAACCAGCAGUACCACCACCACCACGGGGAUCUAUGGAGCCAUGGCAGCACCGCCACCUCCACAGUGGCCAAGCCAUUCCAAUUUUAGGCCGUCGAUUAUUGUGGAAGAAGGAUCGGGAAGUCAUAGUGAAGGGGUUGUGGUCCGGUGUAGCUCGCCGGCGAUGUCUUCUUCUACUCGUAAUCAUUACGUACGUCAAGAAUAAUUAAUUUGUUUUUACUGUUUCUAAUGUUUUUGUGGUCAUUUUAUACUAUAAUUAUUUGGUUUUGUUCUCUCCAUAUUAGAAUUUGAUACCGUGAUUAAAGUCUGUAUAGAUUU